AUAAACGUGCACCGGCAGAGGCAGGCUGUCUGCCUGCAGAAAGUCCACAAAGGUGAAAGAGAGGACGAUCAGAAUGGCCAUCUCUCUUACUCCUGUUGAUUUUCUGCUGGCAGGCUACGUGUCUGUAGGUAAGCAGAGGUAUGAAAGGCUCAUAUAGUUCAGCCAUUAAUUCAAUUAGUCAAUAAAAGACCUUUUCAACUUGAAUAAAUCAGACCUGAAAAGUUCUACAACAGUAGAGCAUAUGCAUGUCAAAGUUACUAAAAAACUUACAGCCUCAUGGUUUACUAUUUUUAUCUGAGCGUGGCGAGAGUGAUACUGGCCAUGUUUGCUUGAAUCGUAAAUACACCUCAAGUUCUGAGUGUAAAAUAUCAUUCGAUCCGAAUAGAAAAAUAAUGAACAGACCUAAACACGGAUUUAUUGCUGUGCACGUGGGUGCAGGUCAGCAUUCUGAAAAACUUAAAGAUAAAUAUCAGAAAUUGUGUAAAGAAGCAUGCAGAAAGGGAAUUGAAAGCCUAAUCACAGGUUGUGGUCCACUAGAAGCCGUCGUUAAAGCCACCACUGUUUUAGAGAACUCUCCACUAACUAAUGCUGGUUAUGGAUCGAAUUUAACUAUCGAUGGAAAAGUAGAAUGUGAUGCUAGUGUCAUGGAUGGGUCGAACUUACAUUUUGGAGCAGUUGGAGCUAUUAAAGGAGUGAAAAACCCAAUUGAAGUGGCUAAGCACCUUUGUGAACAGCAGUCUAUUAGUAUGUCACAUGGAAGGAUUCCUCCUAGUUUUUUAGUUGGAUCUGGAGCUCACACAUGGGCCAAAGAGAUGGGAAUUCAGACAAUACCGCCGGAUGACCUAAUAUCAGUAAAAGCUGACAAAGUUUACAAACACUAUAAGAGGAAAGUGGAUGAUCACAGCAACGAAACUGAAAGGACAGUGAAGAAAAGAAUGGACACGGUCGGUGCUGUAUGUGUUGAUGAAUUUGGUAAUGUAGCUUCAGCAUGUUCCAGUGGUGGAAUUAUCUUAAAAUAUUCUGGAAGAGUGGGACAAGUAAGAAGUCAUCCAAAAGUUACAUUUCAAAUACCCUUAAAUAAGUUCAAAUUAAUAAAAAAGGCUGGAGUUUGGGGAUGUGGAACUUGGGCUCACAAAGGAGAAAAUUCUGUCGGUGUUAGUACAUCUGGAUGUGGUGAACAUCUUAUACGUACUACAUUAGCCCGCACGAUAGCAGAUGCGAUUUUAAACGUCGAAUGUCCAACAACAAGUUUACACGCAGCUAUGAAAAAAGAUUUCAUAGGUAUUGAUUCAAGAUUUUUAUCAGAAUUGGAACAGAAGCUCGGUGGUGCCAUUGCUAUUAGAUAUUCUUCUGAAGAAAAAUUAGGCGAUUUACUUUGGAGUCAUUCCACGAAUACAAUGAUUGUGGGGUACAUGAAUUCAAUGGAGAAAACAGCAGUGAGUCAUAUGUCAGUACUACCAUUAAUAGAGGUUGGAAAAAAGGCAGUAGUUGAAGGAAUCUGCUUUAAACUACCAAAAGUUUGAGGAAUUGAAAAAAGUUUUUAGACUAGAAUGUUUUAUUGCCGGUAAUUAUUGAAAGUGUGUACACAAGGAACAGAUAAUUAUUCGUUUUUCUCAGUUGCUGUCAUAUUUGUCGUAGGACGCUAAGAAAAUUAUUCAAUUAAAUCGUUAUGGUAUUAAAGGCUUUCAUAUUCUCUGCAAAAAAACAAACUUAACUGCAUGUGCGGCAGUAGAGGGUAAUAUUCGUAGUAUAAUAUGGCAUUAAAAACGAUGUUAUAAUAAUCCGUUGAAAUCAAA